AGUCUUUGCAUUGUUUGAGGAAUUAUCCAGUAUAUUUUCAGAAGAAAACAAUCAAAUGGCCCACCGUGAGCUGCUCAACAAGGAAGGAACAGCCAAAUAUGCAGCUACCGACACUUGGGGGAGGAACUGGAAGCGGCGGACAGGGCAUUCUCACAAAAGGAAGGCAAAGUCUGUGGAUGGGAUCACAGUCCAGGGGACAGUGCCAUACUUGGGAACCUUCCUCACUGACCUCACCAUGAUCGAUACAGCCACGCCUGACCUGUCUGAGGACGGACUCAUCAACUUUGAGAAAAGACGAAAAGAGUUCGAAGUGCUGGCACAGAUCCGACUCUACCAAUCAGCGGCACAUAUAUAUAACCUGCAGCCAAACGAGAGGUUUAUGGUCUGGUUUAGUGGAGUUCGAGUUUAUAAUGACAACGAAAGUUAUGAAUUAUCUUGUGCCAUAGAACCUGCAGACUCUCCAGCUCAUGGGAAACUGAAGAAAAAAGCAAGUGCCCUAUCAUGUGUGAGUGGGCUAAUGAGGACACCAAGCAUGGGCUCUAACUCUUCACUAAAUCAGGACUCCAGAUCCUCUGACAGCAGCAGUCUGGCUGAUUCUCUGUCUCUCUUAUCUACGUCUCAGAUCUCCACGGAUUCUCAACUGAAAUCUCCUCUCUUGUCUCCCGGUGAUAUCACAGAGUUUAAAUCUCCUGAUGCCUGUGUUAUUAAAGUCAAACUUGACACAGGGACCGAGGAGGAUACUAGUCUCUACAAGUCCAUCAUGCUUGGCAAUGGAGACCAUACGGGUGUUGUUAUCAAGAAAGUGUUGGAGAAAUACAAUCUUGAAGCUGACAAUCCAACUGACUACAGCAUAUACCAAGUCCUGCCAGAUGGGGAUCUACACAUCCCCGAUAAAGCCAAUGUGUUCUAUGCCAUAAAUAACAAUGUCAAGGAACUGAGAUUUAUGGUUUGCAGAAAAAGCCUAGUUCCUGCUCAUAUGACCAUGCCUUACAGAGGUAAACGGACUUCCAAUAAGAACAAAAUGAAGAAGAAAAACUCCUUAUAGCUGAGAGUUCUUAUUGUUUCUCCCAGCACAGUUGUAAUUUUUUACUGAGGAAUGUUAUAAAUUUUGAACAGAAAACUGGCUUCCAAAGUAAUGUGCAGCUCAGAAUGAAGGAAAUGGCUUCCCGUAAGAAUGAAGAAGAUGAAAAACUCCUUAUAACCAUGGAUACUUAUUGCUUCUUCAAGCAGUUUCAACUGGAAAUUGAUCGAAAUUUUGAUUUGCAGCCUUGAAUUCCAGAGAGAAAUGCAGAUUUGUUUUUACUCAUAGUGAAGUGAGAUUUUAAUUAAAAUUCUGCACAUUGUAAUAUGAUUGUACUUAAAUGCAACAAAACUUCCAUAAAGAACAAAAAAUUAAAAAAUAAAUUUCAACUAAAUAUGUUCAAGUAACAGUUAUACUAGGUGCUGUCAUUUAUAUUUCCUCCAUCAGUGGUAAUCAUUAUAUUUUUAUCAGCAUUGGUUUGACUGUCAGUGGGCAAGAUAUCUAAAUCUUCAGAAAUAUGUUUUCAGGAUUGACGUUUUGCCUUGUAUUUGAAAAGGAACUUUUGAUUACCCUUUCGGCAGAUUCCUAUGCUCUUGGAGUGUCCUUAAGUUGUGACUCGCAUGAUUUGUUAUGGCAAGUCAAACAACCUUCUAUAUUGAAAAUUAAGAGAAUUAAGUGGAAAUUUAUCACAGCCAAGGGAGACUCAAGGCAUCAAUGGUUGAUUCAAUGAUACUGUAUUUAUACUGCCAUCAAUUAUUCAGAGUCAUAUCAUUAUGAAUACAAUGAUUUAUACACUACUUUAAAAUAUUUAUAUUGCUUUGUGGUUAUGUGACAUUCAUUUGAUAAGAUGUGGACAUAUUUGAUGAUACUGGCCAAGUAAAUGAACUUUAGAAAACUUAAUAUCUCAUGGUGCUUUUUACAGAUUUGAAAUAAUGUGUUUGUACUAAGCGAAAUGUUGCAGCAAUCCUAUGAGUUACACCAUAUAAUUAAAAUAACAUGACAGUAAAUUCAACUGUAAUAUGGCUUGAUUACUAGGAUUUUUAUGUUGAAAGUUUCCUAGACAGCAUUAUAUAUAGAAGUGUUCUUGAAAUCAUUCAAUUCAAACAAAAGGCAGUGAAUUUUUAAAUGCAUUUUUCAAGUGUGUGGUCUAUCAUAUCAUGUAUAGUAUUUGCCACUGUUAAAUGUAAUACUGCAAUAAUACAUAAAGCACUAUUUUAUUCUCAUAAUUUUUGAGUCUUCAUUUGUAUAGAAUAAUGUAGAACUCAAUUUCAAUCAUGGGCAGCUGCAUAAUAUUUAAUGUUGUCAAUUAAAAAGUGAGAGUAAUUGUCAGUUAAUCAUGCUUAAAGAUUACAUAUUGAUGUAUUUUGAACAAAUACAAGUCAAAUUAAGAUACUUGAUAGGAAUUUUACUACAGGCCAAAUCGUACUGAGAUCUAGCUAUGUAGAUAAUUCUUACACAACAUUACAAGUUACUUGUUUUUGUAAUGUCAUUGUUGGCAAAGGGUAAAGUUGGAUGCGAAUGACCUGUCAGAUAGAUCUGAAGUUAUUUCUAGUCCAGAAAUAUUUCACAGAGAUAGAUGUACAUUAAUAGAUGGUUGUGAAUUGUUUGUAUACAAAUGUGGUAAUGUUUAGAACUAGAUUACCAGGUAUAGGUCAAGGCCAGGUUAGGGUCAAGGUCAUAGUAAGAUGAUGUCAAAUAUU